GGUUUUAUGUAUGUGAUCCAGUACGGUGUAUGACAACACAGCGCUCACCGCCUCUAUCCUAUAGUAAAUACCAGUGCUAUGGUAGCUAACUUUAAACCUAUCGAAACGGAAAGUAGCCUUUACGGCCUAUGGAUUCCACCCAUAACAGAUUCCCUUGACAGUAGUGUCAGUAGUGCUUCUGGUUGUAUAUCAUCGGGAUCGGGAGGCAUGAUGUCAUCAAACUUGUCCAUGAAUUCCAUGUCGGUGAAUUCUCCGCCGGACAUCAAACCAGACCUGUCCCAGUUGAACAUGGCAUCCCCACCUGGCUCCUACUUUAGCUAUAGUGCAGGCAUGCAGUCCAUACCGUCAUCAUCACAGCCCUCCCCACCUUUGAUGCACUCUCCAGGAAUGCACUCGCCUUCAUCAUCCGUUACCUCCCCUUCCAUGAUGUCAAUGGGAUCCCCUGGGUCCGUAUCGUCACCUCCCAACCCACACAUGCCACACACAACGCUCAGCAGCAAACACAUCUGUGCAAUAUGUGGAGAUCGGGCAUCAGGAAAACACUACGGUGUCUAUAGUUGUGAGGGAUGUAAAGGUUUCUUCAAAAGAACGGUGCGGAAGGACCUUACCUAUGCCUGCAGAGAUGAUCGAAAUUGUGUAAUAGAUAAACGUCAAAGAAACAGAUGCCAGUACUGCCGAUAUAUGAAGUGUCUAGCAAUGGGCAUGAAAAGAGAAGCAAUAAAUUCAUCCCCUUCCUCUGGCAGUAGUAGUAUUAGUGGCCUUGACCCAGAUGAAGCUUGCCUUGCAGCUGUCCAAGAGGAGAGACAACGUGUGAAGGAGAAGGGUGAAGGCGAGGUGGAGAGUACCAGUAGUGCUAACUCGGACAUGCCUGUUGAAAAGGUUCUAGAUGCAGAGCUGUCUGUCGAUCCGAAACUAGACACCUACAUAGACACGCAGAAAGACCCUGUGACAAACAUCUGCCAGGCUGCUGACAAACAGUUAUUUACACUGGUGGCAUGGGCUCGGAGAAUACCACACUUCACAGAACUACCCCUGGAAGAUCAGGUCAUCCUUUUGCGUGCUGGCUGGAAUGAAUUGCUGAUUGCUGCAUUCUCCCAUCGCUCCAUUGUGGUAAAGGAUGGUAUACUGCUGGCCACAGGACUCCAUGUUCACAGAAGCAGUGCACACCAGGCUGGUGUUGGUACCAUCUUUGAUAGAGUCCUCACAGAACUUGUUGCAAAGAUGAGAGAGAUGAAAAUGGACAAGACCGAGUUAGGCUGUCUAAGGGCCAUUGUACUGUUUAAUCCAGAUGCUAAAGGCUUGUCUGCUAUACAAGAAGUUGAGGCACUUAGAGAGAAAGUGUAUGCGUCAUUGGAGGAAUAUUCAAAAACACGUUACCCAGAUGAACCUGGGAGGUUUGCAAAGCUGUUACUUAGACUGCCUGCGCUGAGGAGUAUCGGACUUAAGUGCCUAGAACACUUGUUCUUCUUCAAAUUAAUUGGUGAUACACCAAUAGACACUUUCCUGAUGGAAAUGCUGGAAAGUCCGAGCCUAGGCACGUGACGCCUGGAUGGAACAAGGGUGGGGUGGACAGACGACCAGGUCGUCACACCAAAUAAUUGAUGGAGAUUCUGCCAUUAGAUGGAACCUGGCCUGGAAGGUGGCAGUGUCUCAUGUGUUCGGGGUAUACACCCAUUGUUUGCUAUAUGGCAUCGCUCUACAUCAGUUACAUUAGAACAUUAACAUCAUAUAUUAUGUAUAUACAUAUUAUGAAAAAUCCAUUUUUAUGUUUGUGUCAUUUAUAGUAGCACAUCACUGUGGCCGUCAUGUUUAAUAUGAAACAUCAGAAAACACCUGAUGUUAUAAAUUGUACACGGAAUAACUGUUUUUCCAGAUAUCCUCUUUUUAAUAAUUUCUUCCACGUUGUUUUAGAUUUAUUAAGAAAACAAUUGAUAUAUUGGUAGGAUUACGUUUGGAUAUGUUCUUUGUGGUAAUGAUGUGAAGGAUCUAACAAUGUGCUAUUUCAUUGUCUGAUGUGGAUUUCAUGUGAUACAAUAUAAAAUCUUCAUCGUAUGAGGUUACAGCUUUCUAUUCACUAAAUAUUUACUUCCUUAUGUUAUUGUUGAAAGUCCAGAUAAAAUGGCAGUUAUUUAGAAAGUUUGAAAUGGAACGAAAAAUGUUUGAGUCAUUAUUUUAAUAUUUCUGUCGAGAAGUAGUACACAUGAAAAGUGUGAUAUAAUCAAGGUAUGUUCAACAAAGGAUGAUUUGGGUAUGACAGUGUUUUUUAUGAAACAUGAUCAUCAACAUUACUGCUGUUUUUAUUAUUGAAUGAUUUGUUAUAGUAAUUCCAUAUUGUUUGAUAGUAUAUGUACCAGUAUGAAAUUAUGAUUCCAGAGACAUUCAGGCAAUGGUAACUGGAUACUAAUACAUCUUAAUUUAGAAACCAUUUCUUUUUUAGAGAAAUUUGAUACGAUAAUCAUGAUCAAGAAUCCCUAUGAAACCUUAAUAAAAUAGUGAUGCAAUAGAAUUCAUUUACUUAAAUCAAGACUUAAUUAUUUUUUUAAAAUGUUCUUUCCAUGUAGAUUUGAUGUUACUUCAUUCCUACAGUCCCAAGAACAUAAAAAUGGCAAUAAAUCUUUAGCAAUUAACCUGGCAGCGUUUUCUCCACCAAGUUUGUUUUUGAUUCACCUUUUUAGUACUUUAUAAAUAGAAAAUAGAGUUGUAUGGUAUGUCUGAUGAAACAAAUUGUAGCUUCAGCUUAUACUCCCAACACUAAAAGUCCUAUCAGAAUAUUGUGGAGUUUAUGUGACAUCAAAUUUUAUUAUUUUAUCAUCAUUACUGAAAUGUAUGUGUUAGUGUUGUAUUAUAGUGAUGGGGAUAUGUUAAAUGCUUUUUAUUGUGAAAUUCAAGAAAUGCCAGUGUUUGAGUGAUGUAACUCAGCCAGUUCGUAAUGAGCUGAUAUAGUAUAUUACGAGAAGUAACCAAAUCUGAAGUAUUGAUAAAUCUUCUAUCAUUGGAUCAAUCAAUUGAUAUUCCUUUGUUGCAAGAAACCUAUGUGUAGACAUUUCCCGUUAAAUAAAACUAGUUCAGUUACUUGACCUAUUGAAAAAAAGGAUGACAAAUGAAUAUCAGGAGCAGUAACUGGGUACCUGAGUUAACAGUACAGGGUUCUCAGUUAGGUUUGUCUUGUCUGGUGCCAGACAAAAUUAAAAUCGUAAGGUUUUUUUCAGGAGUAGCAAAUGAAAUAUUUUACUUUUAACUUUUGAAAUUCAAAAGAAAAAUCCUGUAGCUUGAUAUUGUUGAAGAGACUGCUAAAUCCACAUAACAGCUUGUCUUUCAACCUAAUCAUGGAUUUUCAAAAUGCAGGGUUGAAAAGGUCAGUUUCUAAGUUAGACAAGCUGUUACCUUGGUUGUGUUAAUGGACAAGAGAAGACAAAUGUAGACCAUUGUAUUUAAACAUUCUCAUAGACGUGUCAGAUGUUUAUCAAUUUGUUAGUCAGAGUUUCUGGACAAGUAAAGAUUUAUUGAAAUCCGUUGGGUCUUGUUUGGCCAAACAUCAAGGCAGCUAAGCACCACGUGACAAAAUCUUUUCAUAGAACAUAGACUGUUAUGUCUGGAAAUUCAAUAAUCCAUAAAAGGCUAGUGUCUCUGACCAAGGUAAACUGGUAUCUGAAUUUAAUGAUAGGGUAUCGGCUUCAUGUAGAUAAAUAAUGAUUUUUAUUUGAUUUUGUUAAAUACAGAACAUUGAAAGUGCUAACUUUAAUAUAGUAAGUAUAUAUGGAAAUAUUAAAUAUUUAUCUCUAUUGCAAUGAAGUGUUUAUGUAUACAUUAAAAACUUGUUAAUUAUCAUUUUGUUAGUUAAAUACUUAAACAGUAUUUAGUUUUGUUUUCUUAGUUCUGGCAUUUAAAAUCUUUAAAUGCCAUUUAAUGUUAUUUUCCCCAAUCUUCAAUGAUUAUUCAAAUGUAUCUUAAAACCUACUUUCCCCAAUGCAGAUUCGUAUCUUGCUGUAAAAGACCAAGGUAUUCAUGCAAGUUUAUUGGCCUGAAACUUAAGACUAGAUAAGUUAAGGGGAAGAAAUAUUUCCUAUGCAGCCAUCCAUCAGUCGGAUACACUGCAUGUAUUUACUACCGGAUUAUCUAUAAGUGACUGAACUUGAGGGGAGGUAAGCGAACUUGCAAAGCAAAGUGCUAGGUGGCUGGCUGUACUUGAACAUAUAUCUCUGGGACACAAUAUUGUCAGUACUUUUCCUUAAAACCUGUACCCACUUUAAAUGAAUAAAACCUUUGCAUAUAUGACCGUUUGACAUGUUGUUUCAACCAAUUUACUUAAUGACUUCUGAUGUUAUAAUCUUGCAUACGAAAUGCACAGCUUCCUAUUAAAUUGAUAACAUUUUAUUUGAUGUCGUGCUUUUUUUACAUCAAAAAGAAAAUACAAGUCUUCGGAAGUAUUGUUAGCCUCAGGACAACAGUUAGUUUUCUGCAGUAAAGUGAACCUCAGUAUGACUAUAUCUGUAGAAAGUAUUUUACCGAUAUCAAUCACUAACUAAAGUUAAUUCUUCAGUACUAUUUCACCUGUCGCCUGAUGCAUUUAGCACUUUGAAUCCAUAAUCAUUAUACUAGAAAUCAUUGUGUCCUUGUCUUGAAAGUGGCAAGUAUAAUUUGGUUUCGGGGAAAUUUGUAUUGAUGAAUGCCCCAGGCGUUCAUUCUUCAGCAUUUAUUUGUUACUUUAAGAAUAGGGCAUACUUGUGUAAGGGAGGGGCAGUGGUGUGAAUACCACUUCAAAUUGAAGAGUGCGUGGCUAUCUUAUCAUAAGUGCUAGACGUUUUCUGUGAUGUAUCAUUAGUGUAUUAUGUUUUGUUUGUAUAAAUAAAAGUGCUGUUUUCCUUGUGUAUUGCUGAAUGUCAUGUAAAUACUGUAGCUGUACAUAGGUAGACAUGGUCAGAACAUAACACAAGGAAAGAUUUGACCAAUCUUGCUGAAAUGCGUCCCCAUUUGUUUUACUGUGAACUGCAGGGUAACACCACUUGUACAUCUUGUUAUUGUAGGGAUGUUCCAAGUGCCAAUUGUUCUUUACAAACUGGCUUUCACCCUGUUGUUGAUCAUAUAUAUAUUGAUUUAAAUAAUGUAAACUGCAGUUCGACUGUUGACUAAGGAGUGAUACAAAAUAUAGAUAAUUUGAAGGAAGUACACAUUUAAAGCAAAAAGUGCAGAUGAAAUGUUGAACAUUUGAACACAAGAAUUGAUAUUGCACAUUUUUAGACUUGGGUGGGGGGGAAUGUGCCACGUGAACGUCUUAGGAACAAUUACAGUAACUAUUUGGUAUGAUUGAUUGAUUGGGGUAGGAUUCUUGUCAAAGUCGUAGUGGAGGACUGGUUUUCCUCACAUUUGAUAUUCUUAUCUGCAUUUAAAUAAUUUGUCUACUCUGUAUUACAUGGCAAGAUUUUUUGUGGAAUUAUAUAUCAAAGAAAACGAAUUUUGUAUAAUUUUCAUGUUAAAUAUUUUUAUGUAACUGGGUUUCCUUUUUUAAUAUUUUUCAAUAUUUAAUAGAUUCUUAAAUGUUUUUUGACUUUAUCACAGCUAUUUUUUUUAACUGACUUGUAAUAGUAUUGACACGGCUGCCCUGUGAUGGGGCAGGCAGUCAAGCCGUGUGUUUUAUUUCCUGCUACAAACAAGGUGUCUGUAAAUGUGGCCCAUGUGUUGGUGAUCUAUAAGUAAGGACAUGUCUGGUAAUGAUAGCAACUGCAGCUUGUUAAAACUAGCUGCAUAUGGUAUAUGCCUUUCACAAUGAAAUCAUUAAUAAAAGAUAAGUAUGGAAAGACA